ACUUACACAAGCACCGCUUGUCUUCAUCGCCCCCCUCAGUCACGCUUCCGUCUUAGUGCUUCGCACACAAGGACAACCCCACAGCCUUAUCCACCCACUAGCACCUUGCACAUCUCCCGCAGCACAGAUCACCAUGUCGUCCCCCUACUCAGGCCAGUACUACGCCGCCUCGGGAGCUCUUCCCAUCCCCGCCGGCAAGGGGCAAUACCAGUACCAAUACCCAACCUACUACACCAGCGGCGACAGCACUUACUCGGUGUCGCCGCCCGAGGAUCUAGACGCCUCCGUGACUUCGGGAUCUGGCGUGGCGUCGUAUGGCCACUCUGGCUUCUCGGCCACCACGUCCAGCUAUGCCGGCAGCAGCCAAGGCGAAUACGACAGCGCCGGGUCUGCAAACGGCGUUGAUCUCAAUGAGUACAUGCAAGAUCGCUUUGCGGACACCUUCAACCCGAUCCCGCUCGACAAGUGCACAGCCACGCAAGCGCAAGCAUCUGGCCUUCUGAACGCAAAACAUCGCGAGCUCCUGGAACUGCAGGCCAAGGCGCAGGCGCGUUUGGCCAAGUCCCGGGCGCGCUUCGCGCAGGGCCUCGAGGAUGCGCAAGAAGUGCGCAACGAUCUCGAAUGGACCCAGAAGAAAGUGACAUCUCUGAAGACCAAGGCGUCAAAGAAGCACUCCAAGGAAUACACCAAGGCGCGGGCGCGGUACCCGUCUCCAGAUUCGUACUAGCAUUCCAUCAUUUUCCAGACCUGAUUUUCUUGAGUUUGGCGGUUCAUCCUUUUUCGGUUUUUUUUUUGAUCUUUUCUUUUUACUUUUGUCAGGCCUCAAAUUUAGGCACACAGGACCUUGUUGAGUUUUUUGGCGCAUAUGAACGGGUGGGUUUGCACAUAUCUGGGAGAGGAAGUUUACAUACCCCCGUUUGCUUUACGUCUUGUUUGUUUCUCCCUGAGACUGAUUUUCUCACUUCUGGCGAAAAUGGGAGCUGAUUGGGUGCGGUGGGCUCUGGAGCAGCCUUGGGAAAUAGGUGACGUUGAGAAGACCAGGCGAGGCGCGGCAAAAUAGCCGCGGGAUUCCC